ACACCCGGCCGCCGGAGGUCGCGGGGCCGGAACUGUCGCCUGAGUGACCGCCAUGGCCAGACCUGUCCGCGGGUCCGCGCGCGCUCUGCUCGCCGCCCUGCUGGCGCCGGCGCUGGUGGCGCUGCUGGUGACACCGGCGCGGGGCCGGGGCGGCCGGGGCCACGGCGACUGGGACGCCGACGCCCCGUUACCGCCUCUGCCGCCCCGCGAGGAUGCGGCGCGCGUGGCCCGCUUCGUGACACACUUCAGCGACUGGGGCGCGCUGGCCACCAUCUCCACGCAGGAGGCGGUGCGCGGCCAGGCCUUCGCCGACGUGCUGUCGCUGAGCGACGGGCUCCCGGGAAAGGGCAGCGGCGUGCCCUACUUCUACCUGAGCCCCCUGCAGCUGUCGGUCGGCAACCUGCAGGAGAACCCAUACGCCACGCUGGCCAUGUCUCUGGCACAGACGGACUUCUGCAGGAAGCACAGCUACGACCCCCAGAGUCCCCUCUGCGCUCAUAUCAUCCUGGCCGGGACUGUCACCAAGGUGAACGAGACAGAAAGGGACGUGGCGGAGCAGUCCCUGUUCACCCGCCACCCUGAGAUGAAGUCCUGGCCUUCCAGCCACAACUGGUUCUUUGCCAAGUUGAACAUAACCAACAUUUGGCUCGUGGACUACUUCGGCGGACCCAAAAUAGUGACGCCCGAGGAGUAUUAUAACGUCACGUUCCAGUGAAGCAGAACUGGACGAAUCGAACCACACGGGUGAAGUUUGCAGGGAGUUCUGUGCAGGCCUGAGGGGCUGCAGGUUUCUCCGUGGCCCGAGUUCUGGAAGAGCCGCCUGUUUGCUUUCCCACGUGGACUGGUGGGCUUGCUUGUUUACAGAAUCAAGUUGGACUGUUUCUGGGUUUCUUGGAAGAUGAGGUUGCUAAAUUUUAUAAAUUUAAACGUAUAGUUUUAUCACCUAUACACAUGGUUUCGGAAGACGAGAUGAGAUUCCUCAUAAAGAGGUGUGUCGGAAUCAAGCCUCUGAACCCUUGUCUGUCUCAGGAAAGGACUUGAGAUGCGUCGUUACGUUUGAAAACAGCAAAAGGAAUGUACCCAAAAUCCAGCAAACGGCUCCAGUUAAGAAAAAUGAUCUGCAUUCAACUUACUAAAAUAGGUUUCCUAUUCAAAGCAUCACUAAUUAAAAGCAUUAUUUUAA